AGGGUCACUCUUCCUAUCGCUUUCAGCUUCAGAUUUUCAGUAUUCAAUGCCAAAUCCCCUCCAGUUUCUAUUUUUUUCUACUGCCUUUAAUCUUGUUAUUAUUGCUCUUACUUUCUUGGCUCGGACAACCGUGCUUUAUAUAGAACUUUGUGUUGUUUCUGCUAUAUUCUUAUCUUAGCUUUCCUAUUUACCCACAUAGAACCAAAUUCUUCCUACUCCCUUACUGUGCUCACCUCUCUCCAUUUCCCUUUUCUUUCUCACUUUACCAUCUUUUUGCAUCUUUCACUCUUAAACUCUACCAUACUAUUCUAAGCUUUCUCAAAAACACUUUCUGGCUUUCGAAGCUGUGUCAUACUUACAUUCCCUAACACUUUCUGGCUUUCGACUCCCUUUUUUUCCCCUUCCCCUUCUUCUCCUGUCUUUUUCUUUACCUUUUCUUGACAAAUAUUAUAUAUUUUCAUUCCUUUUCCUCGGUUGUUUUCAAAGACCACGUUUGGGGUUGUUUAAGCCAAGCUGCACUUUGUUUUUUUCCCCGUCUUUUUUAGCCUUGAAUUAUCUAACAACGAGGAUGCUUAUCAGUGGCAAUCAUUUCGUUUUGGCAGUUUGCAUUUUAUGCUUGGGUGUUUGGUGCUGUGGCCAAGCAGACAAUACCGAAGAAUCAGCAGUAGUAGCUCCCAUGGAGAAGGCUGAGCAAGCUGCUUUGUACUCUGCCAUACAAGGGUUUGUUGGUAAUUGGUGGAACGGCUCAGAUCUCUAUCCGGAUCCUUGUGGUUGGACUCCUAUACAGGGUGUCUCCUGUGAUAUUAUAGGUGGCUUAUGGUAUAUUACUACUUUAAGCAUUGGUCCUGUUCAUGACAACUCUCUUGCUUGUGCCACUAAUGUGAAAUUUAGGCCACAACUCUUCCAGCUUAAGCACUUGAAAUCUCUCAGCCUUUUCAGUUGUUUCAUAUCUCCUAGCAGACAUUCAGUUACCAUCCCCGGCGAUGACUGGGAAAAACUUGCUGGGAGUUUGGUGUCAUUAGAGUUUCGGUCCAAUCCAGGUCUCAUAGGCCAAAUUCCUACUGGUUUUGGUUACCUCAAAAAGCUCCAAUCUUUGGUCUUACUAGAGAAUGGUUUAACAGGAGAAAUACCAACCAGUAUUGGCAACUUAACUAGCUUGAAUCGACUAGUCCUGGCGGGAAACAGGUUUACUGGUGAAAUCCCAGAUAGUUUUGGAAUGUUAAAGGAACUGUUAAUCUUGGAUUUAAGUAGAAAUUCACUAUCUGGUCAUUUACCUAUAGGUCUUGGUGGUCUGACAUCUCUGUUGAAGCUUGAUUUGAGUAACAACCGAUUGAAAGGGAGGCUAAUUGCACAUAUUGCAUGUCUGAAGAAUUUGACCCUUUUGGACUUGAGACACAACAAGUUUUCAGGUGGACUGAGCCAUCGUGUUCUGGACAUGCUUUCUUUGGAAGAGUUGAUGUUGUCUUGCAACCCACUCGGUGGGGACAUUAUGAGCCUGGAAUGGCAAAAUUUGCAAAAUCUUGUCGUUUUGGAUCUCACUAACACAGGCUUGAUAGGUGAAAUACCCAAAUCACUAUCUGGAUUGAAGAGACUGAGGUAUCUUGGUCUUGGUAAUAACCUCACAGGCAAUCUCCCACCGAAGCUUGCAUCUUUGCCUGAUCUUAAUGCACUUUAUCUAAACGGGAACAAUCUGACAGGAGUGCUCCAAUUCCCCCGUGUCUUUUAUGGGAAAAUGGGAAAACGUUUCGGGGCUUGGAACAACCCGAAUCUCUGCUAUCCGGUCGAGUCAAUGACACCGACAACUAAUGCUCCUUAUGGAGUAAAACCAUGUCAAAAAGGUGCCACUUUGCUCGAGCCAAAUUCCACGGCCAAGUUGGGGGAAGAUGGGAACUUGAACAACGACAAUUCCCAUUUCAUAGCUUCAUCGGGAUUCCCAAGCUAUGGCAUUCAUGGGGCUCGGCAGUUAAUCUCGGUAGAUACAUUAAUAACAGUUCUACUAUUUUGCAUCUUUUCCUAUAGACCCUAGGCCUGAUAAUCGACUUUUUCACAAGCAAAAAGCUACUGUCUUUCGUUUCUUGGGAUCUUUGUAAUCUAA